CUAUAACUCAAUGUCCAAUUCAACCUGGUAAAUCAUUUCUGUACGAUUUUUAUGCGAAUGAUAAAUCUGGCACUCAUUGGUAUCAUUCACAUUAUAAAACUCAGCGUAUAACCGGAUUUUAUGGCUUGUUAAUUAUUAAAGAGACUGAUACUACCUAUAAAGACUAUGUGGAUCACAUCAUACUUAUAUCAGAUUUGUAUCACGAAAACGAACAAAUUUUAUUGGAUAAUUACCAAUAUACGACCAGCGAUUCACCUUGUACCAGAGUAAAAUAUGAGCCCGUUCCGUACUCAAUUCUUAUUAAUGGUCAAGGCAAAGGAAAUUGUGGAAAAAAUUGUAAUCGUACUGAACAGUCCGAAACUGAAAUAGUGUACGACUUAUCAAAAGGAGAUAAACAUCGAUUUCGUAUAAUUAACGCCGGUGCACAAAUAGAAUACCAUUUCUCUAUUGAUAAUCAUAAGUUACAAAUCAUUGAGGUUGAUGGGCAGCACGUCGUGCACUUCGAAAGAGACAGACCAGUCCAUCAUUUACCAAUUCAUGUUGCACAGAGAUAUUCAGUGAUUGCCAUCCGAGAUCCAGCAGCACAGAACAUAACCAAAUUUUGGAUGCGCAUAAAUACAAGAAGUGAUUGCCUUCGGAAAAAUACACCUUGUUGUCAAAGGCAAAGAAUGGUUAAAAAUAUUCUAGCGACAAUUAGGUAUGAUUCUUCUGAAGGGAAACCGGAUACAAUUUCGGAUACAUGGAGUGACUCUAGUUCGGUUAGAUGUGAUGAUUUUAAUCUAUCUUAUUUGGCACCAAAAAAUUCGUCAUCAUUACCACCAUCAACAGUAGAUAAAACUUUUAAUUUGAGCAUUUACAUGUUAGCAGAUCCUGAUCACAUUGGUUCAGGAGCUUACAACUUAACCACAGUCGGGGAGGUGUAUGAAGAGAAUAGCCCCAAAAC